CUUAGCAUCCUGUCACUGUGGCGUCCAGACUGAGCGAAACCUGCGUGUUUUAUCUAACAUGUGACCUGCAGCAGACUCUAAUGAUCGAUGUGGAUUUUAGGUCAGAAGGAAACUGACUUCCAGCAGAGGAGCCUGCAGCUGCUGCGGUCUUUGCUCUGCAUCAGAUUACAGGGAGCUCCACGAGCUUCAAACCAGAUGCUGAUGAGUCUGACUCCUUGUUGAUGAUUCGUGGCUGAAGCCAUGACGGACCAGAACAAGAGGAGCUAUCCAGGGUUUGGAAAAAGCGGCUCAUGGUUGUGAAGAUGAUGAAGUUGGAAGUGGAAGACCCUGGAGGGCCCAAUGUGGAGCCAUCCCUACCAGCAGCCUCCUCCUUAGAGGAGGAGCAGACAAACGACAGCCAAGACCUCCUCCAUCAGAUGCUGGUGAUUAAAGUGGUCCCCCAUGACUGGAGCCCCGGUUUGGACCAGCAGGACCCAGAGCCCCCCCACAUCAAGGAGGAAGACGAGGAAGUCUGGAUCGGUCAGGAGGAAGAGCAGCUUACUGUGAAGACUGAAGAUGAAGAGAAACCUCAGAUGUUGGAGCUUCAUCAGAUCAAAAGUGACGAAAAGAGAGAAACUAAAACUCCAGCCUGCAGCUCGGCUGAUCAGACGGAAACAGAACCUGCUGGAGACCAUCCCGGACCCCUAGAACCAGACCAGAAUCCAGAUCCAGUUUUUCCUUCUCUACAAACUGAGAAGACUUCCAACAAAAGAGUUAAAACAUCUAAAUCUGCUGGAACUGUGGAAGAUAAGCCAUUUUGCUGCCAUGUUUGUGGCAAGAGUUUCAAACGUAACGCUCACAUCAGAUUACAUCUGAUGACUCACACGGCAGAGAGAGAACACAGCUGUGAUGUCUGCGGGAAAGGAUUCAAAGAAAAGAGUUCUGUUCAGACGCAUAUGAGACUCCAUACUGGGGAGAGACCGUUUUCCUGCGACGACUGUGGUAAAAGGUUUCAUGCAAAGACCAACCUUAAAACUCACCUAAAGGUCCAUUCAGUGGAAAAACCUUUUUCCUGUGAUGUUUGCGGUACAAGAUUUAAAAGGAAGGAAAAUAUUAAAAAGCAUAUGAGGAUCCACACGGCAGAGAAACCGUUUGUUUGUACCGUCUGCAGUAAAGGCUUUUCACUGCAGGAGACGCUGAAGAGACACAUGCAUGUUCACACAGGAGAGAAGCAGUUCACCUGCACCGUCUGCAACAAAGGAUUCUCACUAAAACAUAAUCUAAAAAGCCACAUGGAGGUUCACACCGCACCUUUUAGCUGUAGCGACUGCAGUAAACGUUUCGGGAAGGAAAUCCAGCUGGAGCGACACGUGAGAGUUCACUCAGAGGAGAGGCCGUUUGGCUGCGACGUCUGUAAAAGCAGAUUCUAUCAAAAGUGCCAACUAGAAAACCACACGAGGGUCCAUUCAGGGGAAAAACCGUUUGUGUGCAGCGUCUGCGGUAAAGGAUUUUCACAGCAUGGAGAUAUGAAGAGACACAUGGGUAUUCACAGGGACGGUAACUCAAGGAAGGCGAUGAUGAUGAUGACGUCAGACAUGAUGAAGCUUGAGGCAGAGGACCCCUGGGGGCCCCUAUUGGAGCCUCCUGGACCAGCAGCAUCAACAUCAGAGCUGGAGGAGACAGGAGGAGGCAGAGAGCUCAUCCAUCAGAUGCUGGUGAUUAAAGUGGUCCCCCAUGACUGGAGCCCCAGUUUGGACCAGCAGGACCCAGAGCCCCCCCACAUCAAGGAGGAAGACGAGGAAGUCUGGAUCGGUGAGGAGGAAGAGCAGCUUACUGUGAAGACUGAAGAUGAAGAGAAACCUCAGAUGUUGGAGCUUCAUCAGAUCAAAAGUGACGAAAAGAGAGAAACUAAAACUCCAGCCUGCAGCUCGGCUGAUCAGACGGAAACAGAACCUGCUGGAGACGAUCCUGGACCCCUAGAACCAGACCAGAACCCAGAUCCAGUCUGUCCUUCUCUACAAAGUAAGAUGGCGGCUAAAGAAAGAGGAAAUGCAGGUAAACGGUCUUGCAGCCUGUCGGCUAUGGAGAAACCAUUGGGCUGUAAUAUCUGUGGCAAAAGAUUCAAACUUAAGGCAAAUGUUAAACUACACACGAUGAUUCACACUGGAAGGAGGGAGCACUGGUGUGAUCUCUGUGGGAAAGGAUUUAAAGAAAAACUCUCCCUUCAGACCCACAUGAGAGUCCACACCGGGGAGACUCCCUUCUCCUAUGGCCACUGCGAGAGAAGCUUCCAUGCCAAGAGGAAUCUUAGCAUCCACAUGAAGCGCCAUGCAGGAGAAAAGGCCUUUUCUUGUGAUGUUUGUGGUUCCAAAUUUCAGGUAAAGGAAAGUCUUAAGAAGCACAUGUGGAUCCACGCUGCAGAGAGGCCCUUUCUUUGUACCAUUUGCAAUAAAGGAUUUUCCCAGCAAAAUCUUCUAAAGAGACACAUGCUCAUUCACACAGGAGACAAGCACUACAUCUGUAGUGUUUGUAGUAAAGGAUUUUUGCGACAAGGAGAUCUGAAGAGUCACAUGCGUGUUCACACCGGGGAGAAACCUUUCCUUUGUCCUGUUUGUAGUAAAGGAUUUUCUCAGCGAGUAUAUCUGAGAAGACACGUAGAUAUUCACAACGCAGAGUUUGGCUGUAGCAGCUGUGGUAAACGUUUUGUGACGGAAACGCAGUUAAAGCGGCACGCGGGACUGCACACGGAGGAGAGGCCGUUAGGUUGUGACGUCUGUAAGAGCAGAUUUAUCCAGAGGAAUCAUCUGGAAAAUCACAUGAGGUUCCAUUCUGGAGAGAAACUCUUUGCUUGUCGUGUUUGCGGUAAAUCGUUUUCUCUGCGUGGCGAUCUGAAAAGGCACAUGCGCGUUCACACGGGGGAGAAACCGUUUGUUUGUAGUGUCUGCAGCCAAAGAUUUUCAAGACCAGCAUAUCUGAAAAAACACAUGGAUGUUCACACUUUAGCUUUUAAAAACUUUAGUGAUUAUAGCUGACUUUUUUAGACGGAAAUAUAUAUAAAGCAAAUAAACAGCAAUAAUUAAAAGUGUUUUAACGGUUUGAGGAGACAGUCUUACUGUGGGUUGCUGUAAAUCUUUUUAUCCAAAAGCUGCGGCUCGUUAUGAUGUUAAAAAUGUUUCUUACCCACCAUACUUUGUUAUCAGUGUUUCUAUGUUUGACUCUAUGCGAUAGCUGGGUUUUGCAUGAUCAAUUUUAAGCUAAUGCUAGUUAAAUGAGACUGGACAAUGCUUUAAGCAGUUAAUUUGUUUAUUAAAUUUGUUGUUUAGCCUUUUUUUUCCAUCUUUGCAGUGAUAUGAACACAUUUAGAGGCAGCAGCAGGUUCCUGUCUGUCGUCUAACCUGUUCUGUAACUCUGAUCUGAUCCAAGGCCUUUAAGAGAGAAUCCAACUCUGGUUUUCUGAAAGAAAAGAAUAUUUUAUCACAUAUUUUUCCUUUACUGGAGCUAACAUGAAACAUCAGCAGCUAACUAUGAAUUAUCGAAACAAAGACCGAAUGAGUUCAGCUUUGUGUUAAAGGAAGAGUCCGUUCAGCAAGAAUAAUCAAUGGAUCAUUAUUUAUAACUAAAACUAAUAUGCUUGCAGUGAUUUCAUGAAUUUAGCGUAAGUCAGUAAAAGAAGUAUUAAUUUAUGAGUCUGGGAGCGGCCAUUUCUGCCCAAAUAUAGUAGCCCCUCCCUCCUGCCAUCUUCCAGCAGUGACGUCACGGUGCGGUAAGCCUAGCGCCAUUCUCCCCGCUUUCCAAGCUAAAUCAAUGGG